AUGGCUACCAUGUUUGAGACGCCCGCGCAGUACGAGCGUGAUAUUCGCGGCGCAAGCAAGGAAUGGCGUCGUGGAAAGAACUCGGCAGAGAAAUGGGCAAUCGGUGCGAGGCCGCUAGCCGGCGUGCGCUGCGACAUGGUUACCGGCGAACUUUCUGGGGGCAACGAGGCCAUGCUUGCCAAGGUCCGGCCGAGGAAGAAGCACUCUGAUUACCCCAGUCGUUUGAAGAAGGGUGGCAACGUCGGCAAAGCAACGCGUGGUAACCCAGAUUACCGUCACGUCAACGGACGUGCGAGUGGCAGACUCGGCGCACAAGGAGAGAUUGAGGAAACCUCUAGGUCAAUACUAGAUCUGCUCGUUCCUCAGACCGCCUUUAGGGACGGCAUCGAGGGCGUCCUGUACAGUUACGAUACUGCCGAAACCCCAGGGCUACGUGCGCCAGUGGGCCUCGACUUGUACGUUAAGACAAACCCCAAGACGACCGAGAGGUUCGUCGAGAAGGAGUACGAGAUUGUGGACACCAACGGUGACUUGCUCAAGGGCCGCAAGGCCCGUCGGGACUUGCGGAAGUCAGCUGGUGGCCCGAGUGCCGCUGAGAGGCCUGCUACGGUGUCGACAGAAAUCGACGACGACGAUUUUGAGCUCCUCUGA